CCCGCCUUUGGCCUGUGUGUUUCUCCAUUGGGUGAGCCAGCUGUCAAUCACUUGCUCGCCCCGCCCUCCGUCAUGUGACAGAUGUUUUCGUUGAGUCUUCCGCUUUCGCUGUGUUUUCGCUCUGUCAUGUGGCUCUCUGGAAGUCGGACGAACCGGGUCAAGGAGUAAGCCGUCCGAACCGACUCUAGGAAUCCCCAGCGGGGUGUCUGAAGCUCGCCCGCCGCCUGACAGAGUCUUCUUCGCGGUAGUUGCUUUUGAAAGGCUCCGGCGGCGGCCAUGGCGGACGGGGAACGGUCGCCGCUCCUGUCCGACCAGCACGACGGGCUCAACGGCUUGUCUCCCGGCGAAAUGUCCCCGGGAUUCCUGUCCAAACCACAAAGUUUAGCACCUUUCCCCAGCUCGGUGGUGUCUGGAGAGCCUCCGCCUCCGUACUCGCCUCAGGGCAGCCCGGACAGCGGCAGCGCUGCGUUCGUCAGCUGCCGAGUCUGUCAGUCCGCCAUAUCUGUGGAAGGCAAGGCCCACCAACACGUGGUUAAGUGCAACAUUUGCAGUGAAGCUACGCCGAUUAAGAACGCUCCUGUUGGGAAGAAGUACGUCCGCUGUCCGUGCAACUGCCUGCUGAUCUGCAAAGUCACGUCGCAGAAGAUCGCCUGUCCGAGGACGUACUGCAAACGCAUCAUCAACUUGGGACCGGUUCACGUCGGCACGGACAGUCCUGAGCCGCAGCACCAGCCCGUCGGGAUCCGGGUCACUUGUGGCCACUGCUACCACCCAUUCCUGUGGACAGAGUUUUCAGACCGGACUUUGGCUCGAUGUCCUCACUGCAGAAAAGUCUCCUCGAUCGGGCGUCGAUACCCCAGGAGGAGGAGCUGGCUCUGUUUCCUGCUCUUCGUCAUCAUCACAGCCUCCACAGCGGGACUGCUGGUGGGAACCUGGAAGGAGGCCCGGGACUCCAAAGGCAUCUACGCGGCGUGGGUCCUGUCCAUCGUCCUCUGUCUGCUCGCUCUGUUCAGGACCGUCUACUGGAGCUGCCUGAAGAUCAGCAACCCCAUAAGCAACGUGACGUAAAGGCGGAGACGCGCCGACACGCAGCGGACUGCAUUUACCACACGGCUGUGAUGUUCAGAGGAAGGAGUCUGGACGCCGGUCUCAAAAAUCCAAACGACAGAUCAUUACAGAAACCAGAUUUGUUUAUAAUCGUUUUAUUUUCCUCUAAUCAGAAAUGUCCUAUUUUUUUAGUCGUUUGAUUGUUUCUGGAAGCUUCCGUCUUGAUGGUUUCUACCAAAGAAUGAAGCCUAAUAGCACAUAUGACUGAAGCGUUACGCUGAGAGGUUCGGCGUCUGCUUCAGAUAACAUAUUUGUGGGAGUUUAGCCUGAGGAACGUUUGCCAUAGGAGAGUAAAUAAGAUGAAAUGAUGCAAAUGGAAGGAGAGAAGAACGGUUCAUGUAGAAUCUACUCGUUUUAUGUCGGUUCAUCUCAGACAGGAAUAUUAAUAAAAUUGCUGGGUUUUGAAGUUUGUUGCUAUUUAAAGAUUUCUGACAUGAAAACUUUGUUUAAUGUGAAUUAAUCAGACUAAAAGUCUUAACGGAGCGUCUGUUUUGUCCACAUUUUCACUGGAGAUGAUUUACUGUACAGACUGUUGAGCUUCCUGUCCCCCUUGUGGACGAUCCUCGUCACUUCCCGCCGACUGUAAAGGACGUUGCACUAAAAUGUACAAAUGUUUUUUUGUUUCAAUAUUUUUCUGGUGGACAGAUUUCUCUGUAAAUUGGGAAAGAAAGUUGUACUUUUAACACGAA